AUGUCACCAGUUCAAUUAGCUGAGAAAAACUUUGAUAGAGAUGAAAAAUUCACCAAGGCCUUACAUGGUGAAUCCUACAAAAAGACUGGAUUGGCUGCAUUAAUUGCCAAAUCCAAAGAUGCUGCUUCAGUUGCCAGUGAAGGAUACUUUAAACAUUGGGACGGUGGUGUCACCAAAGAGGAUGAAUCUAAGAGGUUAGGAGACUAUUCGCAAUUAACCCAUCACUACUACAAUUUGGUGACUGACUUUUACGAGUACGGUUGGGGUUCUUCUUUCCACUUUUCUAGAUACUACAAGGGUGAAGCUUUUAGACAAGCCACUGCUAGACACGAACAUUACUUGGCUUACAAAAUGAACUUGAACGAAAACAUGAAAGUUUUGGAUGUCGGAUGUGGUGUUGGUGGACCAGGUAGAGAAAUCACCAGAUUUACCGACUGUGAAAUUGUUGGUUUAAACAACAACGACUACCAAAUCGAGAGGGCUAAUUACUAUGCUAAAAAAUACAACUUGGAUGACAAAUUGUCCUACGUCAAGGGUGACUUUAUGCAAAUGGAUUUUGAACCAGAAACUUUUGAUGCUGUCUACGCUAUUGAAGCUACUGUCCACGCUCCUGUUUUGGAAGGUGUCUAUUCCGAAAUCUACAAGGUUUUGAAACCAGGUGGAGUUUUUGGUGUUUACGAGUGGGUCAUGACUGACAAGUACGACGAAACAAACGAAGAACAUCGUAAGAUUGCCUAUGGUAUCGAGGUUGGUGAUGGUAUCCCAAAGAUGUACAGCCGUGAAGUUGCCGAGCAAGCUUUGAAGAAUGUUGGUUUUGAAGUUGAAUAUGAAAAGGAUUUGGCUGACGUUAAUGACGACAUUCCCUGGUACUACCCAUUGGCUGGUGAUUUGAAAUACUGCCAAUCAUUGGGUGAUUUGUACACAGUGUUUAGAACUUCAAGACUUGGUAGAUUGAUAACUACUGAAGCUGUUGGAUUGAUGGAAAAAGUCGGUAUUGCACCAAAGGGUUCGAAACAAGUCACUCAUGCUUUGGAAGAUGCUGCAGUCAACUUGGUUGAAGGUGGUCGCCAAAAAUUGUUCACUCCAAUGAUGUUGUACGUCGCUAGGAAACCAGAAAAUGCUAAAGAGUAA